AUGACAGGUCAGAGCGUUAACACCGAUGAGUUUGGCGAACCCGAGCCGAUAGGGAGGGGUGGGUUCGGCGUUGUGUAUAAAGUGAAGCAUAACUCUAGCGAUGAGGUGUAUGCCAUUAAAACGGUCACUUUUCUCGCCUCGAGUGAUGCACACAAACUGCGAGUACUAAAUGAGGUAAAAAGUUUGGAAAACGUGCGCUCAGAAUAUGUGGUCCAGUAUUACACCUCUUGGAUAGACAACAAUCGGCUAUACAUUCAGAUGGAGUAUUGCCCGCAAAGUCUGCGCACAGUAUUGGCCGACAAAGCGCUGGCAUUUGGCAGACAAUCGGCGGAUCCGAUGAAUCUUUUUGAAUAUUACAUAUCGUGUGAAAUAUUCAAAGAACUCUUAGAAUGUGUUCAAUAUCUUCACGAAUUGAAUCCACGGGUUAUUCAUCGGGACCUCAAACCCGACAACGUUUUGAUUGCCAACAAAUUAAGCGGUGAUAAUAACAAUAGCCGGCGAUUCAUACAAUUGUGUGACUUUGGUUUGGCCACUGUUCACGACCCGAGUCGACACACUGACAGCCGAUACCAACACUCGGCGGUCGGCACUUAUAAAUAUAGAGCGCCCGAAGUAUCUCACCGUCAAUAUAACCAUAAGGCAGACAUUUAUAGUCUUAGUCUCAUUGGACAGGAGUUGUUUGGCAUUGAUUUCCACGCCAACGGAUGUCUUGGAUUGGGACACAACAGACCCGCACCACAACCUCAAGAGAUACCAGAAUUGCGUAAUCAAAGUAUACAAUACUUUAUCAAUGGAUGUGAUUAUGUGUUGGCCGUGAAUAACUUGAAUAACAUAUUCAUUUGGGGCGAUUAUAGAGUGCGACGAUUGGCCCAGGGUCAGAGCGUUAACACCAAUGACUUUGGCAAACCCGAGCUGAUAGGUAGGGGUGGGUUUGGUGUUGUGUAUAAAGUGAAGCAUAACUCGAGCGAUGAGGUGUACGCCAUUAAAACGGUCACUUUUCUCGCCUCGAGUGAUGCACACAAACUGCGAGUACUAAAUGAGGUAAAAAGUUUGGAAAGCGUGCGCUCAGAAUAUGUGGUCCAGUAUUACACCUCUUGGAUAGACAACAAUCGGCUGUACAUUCAGAUGGAGUAUUGCCCGCAAAGUCUGCGCAAAGUAUUGGCCGACAAAGCGCUGGCAUUUGGCAGACAAUCGCCGGCCGAACCCAUGAAUGCCAUCGAGUAUUACAUAUCGUGCGAAAUAUUUAAAGAGCUCUUAGAAAGCGUUCAAUACCUUCACGAAUUGGUUCCACGGGUUAUUCAUCGGGAUCUCAAACCGGACAACAUUUUGAUUGCCAAACCAUUAUAUGAUAAUAACAACAAUAGCCGGCGAUUUAUAAAAUUGGGUGACUUUGGUUUGGCCACUGUUCACGACCCGAGCCGACACAAGGAUAGCCGAUACAUACACUCUGCGGUCGGCACUAAUAGAUAUAGAGCGCCGGAAGUGCCGCACCGUAAUUAUAACCAAAAGGCAGACAUUUUUAGUCUUAGUCUAAUAGGACAGGAGUUGUUUGAUAUUGAUUUGCAGGCGUAA